AUCGAUAUGAAAUAGACCGUGCCCGUACUUAUUAUUAUUUAGAGACUCUCAUUUCAGACGAGAAGUUUGCAGUGUUUUUCAGAUAAGGAAAAAACAUGGAGGAAAAGACACUUGUCGCGAUUAUUUUGCUGUCAAGUAUUUCAGGAAUACUGGCUGGAGAAUGGUGUACAGAAUAUACCGAUGACUGGUUUGACAGCAAAGAAACAAUGUAUUGUGAAAAUGGGUGUUGUGGGAGCACCUAUGACCAGUAUUGCUGUAUCAGUGGGAAAGAUGAACAGGAUGAACAACAUGCUGGCAGGAUCGUUGGCAUUGUUUUAGGCUCAAUAGCCCUGGUUGCCGCAAUUGUGUCUAUCCUGGUGGCUGUAUUCUGUUGUUGCCGGAAGUCUAGGGGACAAGCUGGACAAGUGUGUCAACUGGCUACUGGGGCUCAAACAACAGUUCAAAUGCAAGGCAUGGCGGGAUAUGGUCAGGUGGGAUAUAAUAGCGGAAUCCAGUAUCCGAUAAUGACGUCAAACGUCGCCCCAGGAACGGUGCAGCAAUGGCAACAGCCACCCCCAUACGAUCAACUACAACACAAACAAUGAACGUGCCAUAAAUCUAAGUGCAUAAUUUGAAUGCGUUUUUAACGCAUGGACUUUUGCUCGUCAUGUGAAACGAAUAUUUUCUUAUAUGCAUAAUCCAUUUUUUGUAUUUCACAUAAUUUUUUAAUACCAUAUAUAUGUAUGUCACUA